AUGGGUCACGACACAAUUUGGUGCAUCGGCCGCGGUUACCGUCUUGAUGACGGUGGCCGAGCGAUCGAAUCCAUGUGGCCCCUCUUCAAACAUGACCGUUUCCAAUUCAUGUCCAUGCAUAUCCCUAGGGAGCAGGUCACCAUGAAGGCUAUUGCUGGUGGUACACUCUUCCAUGUUCAUGUAUCAGUUCCAGUACUGCCGUUGCGACCAGUGGCAGGGGCCUCCUCGGUAGCACUGGCUGAGAAGGGCCCUCAUGAACCUGGAUCAGGACAUGUCAGUUCCAGUUGUGGAUAUCCAAAGUGCUCGACGUGCAAUGGUAGUCACCACAAGAUUCUCUGUGUCAAACAGUCGGACUAUAUCAAUUCUUAUGAUCAUAGUCGUCGCCGUAGUCGCGAACGAUAUCGCUCGACGGAAUCGAAUCGCUCCCGUAGCCCAGAAGGCUACUCAAGAAGUCCCAGCUACGACGGCAGACGUCCACCGACACCGGUGAGAGACCGUUCCCAGUCACCGGCAAGUCGCUGGAGCAACACACGAAGCCCCUCGUAUCACGAGAGGUCAACAGAGUACAGUACAUUCGAGGCGCAAACUCAUCCCAAGACACGACAGCUUCAACCAGUCAUCCUCCUUUUGGACACAGGGGCUCAGAAAAGCUUCAUUUCUCAUUCAGCUGUUCAACGCUUACAAUUGGAGAUACACAGCCCCGCUCCGUUAACGACCAUUACAUUCGGUGCAGUUCGCACAACGGAACACUCAGGCAUAGUCGACGUUAUCCUUAUAGACCUACUCCGCAAGCCUCUUCAGCUUAGCGUUCGUACGAAAAACAAGAUAACUGUGCCAUGCCCUGCACUCCAUAUCACUCCGGAAGACAGAGAUGCCCUACAAGACCUUAGCAUCGCUCCAGAAUCCAUAACAGCGACACGCCAGGUCACGCCAGAUAUCUUGAUCGGAAUAGAUUACUUCUGGGAUAUUGUUACCACAGAUCCCCCGCAUACACUACCGUCAGGGCUCGUCCUCUGUUACACAAGGUUUGGACCCUCCAUCUCUGGCUCACAGUUUUUUCGUUGA